AUGAUGUAUCUAGUAUCUCCAGUGGCCAUUAUUCUCUUGCUGAUCGCGAGAUGGCUGACUGGCGGUGGUGCUGGCGAGAGGAGAUGGCUGACUGGCGGUGGUGCUGGCGAGAGGAGAUGGCUGACUGGGCGUUGCGGGGGAGCUGUCAAUGACGGGGGUGACGCAACUGGUGCUACGACGGGACGCGCGGAGCGGGGGAAGCGUGGCGGGGGAGCUGUCAAUGACGGGGGUGACGCAGCUGGCGCUGUGGUCGCUCUGCUCGUCCUGCUGGAGCUGACGCGUGUACACGUGGCGAGGUACCAGGAGGAUGAUGACGUGGCGACCAGGAGGGAGGCCGCCGUGUGCUGCGCGCAAUUCAACGAGGGCGCUGGCGAGGAGAGAGAGGAGCGGUGGCGAGGAGAGAGAGGAGCGCUGUGCGAGGAGAGAGAGGAGCGGUGGCGAGGAGAGAGAGGAGCGCUGGCGAGGAGAGAGAGGAGCGCUGGCGAGGAGAGAGAGGAGCGCUGGCGAGGAGAGAGAGGAGCGCUGGCGAGGAGAGAGAGGAGCGCUGGCGAGGAGAGAGAGGAGCGCUGGCGAGGAGAGAGAGGAGCGCUGGCGAGGAGAGAGAGGAGCGCUGGCGAGGAGAGAGAGGAGCGCUGGCGAGGAGAGAGAGGAGCGCUGGCGAGGAGAGAGAGGAGCGCUGGCGAGGAGAGUGAGGAGCGCUGGCGAGGAGAGGAGCGUUGGCAUGGGGAAGGGGUGUUGGGCGGGGAGUGUGUACGUAAGCUUCUGUUUCCCCCUCCCUUGUGCUCGUCAUUUCCUUGUCAUGAAAACGUUCCUCCUCGCGCUCUCUUCCUGCAUGGCACGCACGGCAUCCUCGAGUCUAUUGCCACCAGUGAGGUGAGUCUAUUGCCACCAUUGAGGCCAGGGCAUACUCGUUAUUAG